GCCGACAGCAGCGACCUGUUGUGAGCAUUGCGAGCCCCGCUGCCGUGAAGUUGCGGGGAAAGUAUCUGAAGGUUACAGGAGGACCCUCCGGCAGGAGUAAGUGGGGCGCCCUCAGGAAACAACAUGAUGCUGUGGAACGCAGUUAUAUUUGGGCCCGAGGGAACUCCGUUUGAGGAUGGAACGUUCAAGCUGACGCUGGAGUUCACGGAAGAAUACCCUAACAAGCCUCCCACAGUGAAAUUCGUGUCAAAAAUGUUUCACCCCAAUGUGUACGCAAACGGCAGUAUAUGCCUGGACAUCUUGCAGAACCGGUGGAGUCCAACCUUCGACGUAUCCUGCAUCCUCACCUCCAUUCAGUAUCUGCUGGAUGAGCCCAACCCCAACAGCCCCGCCAACAGCCUGGCAGCACAGCUGUACCAGGAGAGCAAGCGCGAGUACCAGAAGAAGGUGUCCGCCGUCGUGGAGCAGAGCUGGCGGGACUCGUAACGGUGGCGCAGCGACUCGCCACCACCUCGCCGCCACCACUACGCCACCACCACGCCACCACCACGCCACCACCACGCCACCACGCCACCA